AUGAAGUCGUACUACGAGCUACUUGGGCCUGGAAAACCCACCAGAACCGUGUUGACACUGACCUGUUUGUUUUCCUUCAUUCUGUAUGGAUUCGAGCAAGGUGCCCUAGCCAACAUCCAGAACCACCCCGUGUUUCAAAACCAGUUUGGCCAUCCUUCGGGUAACUACUUGGGAAUCAUUGUCUCUGUGUACAACCUUGGAAGUUUCUUUGGUUGUAUGAUCAACUUCUUUAUUGGCGACAAGCUGGGAAGAAGAAAAACCGUCUGGGCCGGAUUUACCCUCGUUAUCAUCGGAAUCAUCUUGCAGACCAGCAGUUACAGCGUCGUUCAGCUAUUUUUCGGAAGAUUCAUUUCUGGUCUAGGAACCGGAAUGGAGACCAGUACUGUGCCUAUGUUCCAGGCUGAGGUGGCUAGCGCCCACAAUCGCGGUGGUCUCGUGGCAGCCGAGCCUCAGGGGGUGGCCCUUGGUAUCACCAUCUCGUACUGGAUCGGAUACGGCUGCAGCAAAAGAAACGACGAGACCUCGUGGAGACUGCCAGUUGGAAUCCAGAUGCUGUUUGCGGUGUUUUCCUGGUUCCUGUUGUUCCUGUGUCCCGAGUCGCCUAGAUGGCUGAUGAAGAAAGGACGCGUCGACGACGCCAGAAACUGCCUUGCGCGGAUCAACGACGUGCCGAAAGACGAUCCGCUCGUGAACAAAUGUAUUGACGACAUCCUGUACCUGCAAGAGGUUGAAGGUGAGGGAGACAAGCUCAGCUGGUGGGACAUCCUGCGUGGCAAGGACGCCAUGCACGGCAGAUACAGGCUUUUCCUGUGUGUGAUGGUGCAAUUCUGGAACCAGUUUGGAGGUGUGAAUCUUGUGGUGUACUAUGUGCCGUUGGUGCUUGAGACUAACGUGGGAAUGAACACCAACAUGUCGACGAUUCUCGGAGGCUGCAUCAUGGUGACUUUCUUUGUUUUUGGGUUCAUCCCGUCUCUGUGGCUGGACCGAAUCGGACGGAGAUUCGCUCUGAUUGGCGGCUCUCUGGGACAGAUGGUGUCCAUGAUGAUGAUCACCAUUCUGCUGAGAGUUGGGUCCAAGAGCACCUCUGCUGCCGCGGUCGCCUUCUUCUUCACGUUUAUGGCAUUCUUUGGGGCCGCCAUGAACUGUGUGCCGUGGGUGUAUGUCUCGGAGAUUCUCCCGCUGCAGCUCAGAUCCAAGGGCAACGCCAUUGGUAUCUCGUCGAACUGGAUCAUAAAUUUCGUGAUUGCCAUGAUCACGCCAAUCGUCACCGAGAAGCUGGGCUGGAAAACCUACAUCAUCUUCACGCUAACCAACGGUGUCGCUGCAGUCAUGUUCUACCUGUUCUGUCCGGAAACCGGUAACAGGACGCUGGAAGACAUCGAGACCAUUUUCCUGAGCCAGAACACUCUGUUCUACGGAAUCAGUCACUUGGACAGACCGGUGGCCAACUUCGACGAGAAGGCCGAGAUCUCGCACCUCGAGAGCGCCAGCAAGCUGCUCGAAAGCAGCUGA